AUGAUUCGCUACACAGGCAGGCGUCUAGUAGCAAUCGCUGACACAUGUGCCCCGACAAAUUUUGUGUACUCAACUGACCUGGCCUUCUAUUUCCCUCGAUUCCAACCACGGGUUCACUUCCAGACGCAAGGAAUCCCGGAGUUGCGGGAUGCUGUGGCGUUGCUACAGCCAGCCGCGAGCGGAAUGGAACGGCGAUGGUCGGCGCCUCACGCCUCCACGGCGUUGGAGUGGAAAAAAUCUCGUGACAAGGCCCUCGUGCUGUUGGCCCGUGGGGAGGAGAUCAUGGAGAAUGUCGGUGGCGUGGAUAACGCAGCCACAGCGAAUAUUGUGCGGCCAUUGUAUGCGACGAAAUUUGAGCUUCUGAAUGGUGUUGAGCAUCUACCACGCUCCGAAUAUGCGCAACACGUGGAUGUGCAUCGCCUUAUCCUCAAACAGGCGGGGCGUCUCCUUUACUUUAACGACACCUGGGAUAAAUCGGACGUGCAGCAAUUAGACACGGCUUGUGUCAUACUCGCCCAUUUUGUUCGUGCCUUCUGUGCGCUGCAUCAAGUCCCAUUCCACGCAAAACAAGAUAGUGCUGGCAAAACAGUGGGCACUGAGACUCGGGCGUGGUCGAUGAAAAUGGAGGGGUUGGGUGGCAGCAGCAGCGAAAAACUCACGUUGUCCAUUGUAAUGGACCGUAUUGACGAGCUGCUACGAUUAAGUCGCAAGGCGGCCGACACCCAUGCUUCGAAGAGCCCCGAUCUCCGCUGGAAUGUGCCAAAACUUUUGUUGCUCAAAGGGAUUCUGACGAUUCCGAUGACGGGCCACCUCGAACACGCCCGGGAGCACAUUGAUAAUGCGGCGAAAACGGUCCAUGAGUUUCUACAAAGAAAGCAGCCGAUCGUAGACGGCUUGGUCGCUCGCAAGCAGGAGCCUGAGCUGGGUCUUUUUAUGCUUGCACAGGCGGAAAUGGCGGCACGUAUAUUCGACUGGUCUGUCCAGCCCAACGAAGUUGACAAGGAUGUCCUGGAGAAGUUCGAGGCUGCUGCCAAGUUUUAUUCCGGCCCCUGCAACACAGCACUGGAUGCGGACGGCAUCAUGUCAACGGAUCAUAUUGAGGAGCGGCGCUUUGAAGUCGACGCGUACACUUCUUGCAUGCUAAGCUAUGGUACGUUUUUACUAAACGCCCCACGGCUCCCAGGCACGUCGAAUCGUGAUUCCCCUGUCUUCCUCCCACGUCAGGUAUUCACGAUGUCGCCUCUCGCUACAGUUGUGGCGUCAUCUGACCUCAUAUUUUCCGACGUGCGGGAGCCAGCCGCCAUGAAGAUUGACGUUGGCCGCAAGCGGGCGGGUGAUGCACUUGAACGAGCGCUUCAGCUCAACCGUGCCCUUUAUCCUGACCAAAAGCAAAAUCCCAAGGCAGCAUGGACGCUCCUGGGAAUGGCAUCCCUCUAUGCCGAUAUGCGGGAUUACUUGUACGCGACUGGUCUCUUUGCCUCAGCAGAGAAGGCACUUGCCGAGAGUUACGGUAAUACCUCUUUGGAGCGGCUCCUCGCCCUGAAGUUGCGGUAUGAGUUCUUGGCCGGUGUAGGGUCGGAGCAGGAGUCAAAGACCACUGCACACGAAGUGGUGCAACUCCUCAAGCAAAUUGAUAGCCUUUCACAGGGGUAG